GUGCAGUGCAAGUUGUGCAUUCAUUGCUCGAAGUAUCUUCUUCCACACAGCUCUUAUAGGACCUAUAUUUACUCCUCUGAAUUUCGCUACUGAAUUUCCAUCGUCCAUAGCUUAAUCUCCUCCAAACAUUAUGAAGAUUCAGUGCAACGUCUGCGAGGCGGCGGAGGCCAACGUCCUCUGCUGCGCCGACGAGGCCGCGCUCUGCUGGCCCUGUGAUCAGAAGGUUCACGCCGCCAAUAAGCUCGCCGGUAAACACCAGAGGGUCCCGCUCUCCACCGCCUCUACACAGAUGCCAAAGUGCGAUAUUUGCCAGAUAGAAAAUUCUACGAGGACAAAAACGAAGAAAAUUAGUGAAUUCCCCAGUCUGCCAAUUAUGUUGAUGAACUCCACUCCAUCUCCCUUUCAUUCUUGUGCCUACAAUGAAACUGUUGGCUAUUUCUUUUGCUUAGAGGACAGAGCCCUACUUUGCAGAAAAUGUGAUGUUGCUAUACACUCAGCAAAUUCCUUAGUAUCAGGGCAUCAAAGGUUUUUACUCACAGGAGUUAAGGUGGGCCUUGAGGCUACUGAAGCUCAUGCCGAACCAUCUCUAGGAAAGGCAAAUAAUGCUGAGAAAAUUUCAGAACCAGAACCUCAUUCUCUUCCGAAGAAGGCCUCCCCAGCAUCAUCACCUGCUCAAUAUGGUAAAAGCAUGCCUGUUCAAGCUAGCGGAUGUGGUGAUUUUCCAUUAUCAAAGCUGUCCUUCUCUGGAGGUUCUGCUGGAAGUAUUUCUCAGUGGCAGUUUGAUGAAUUUCUUGGAUAUGGUGAUUUCACUCAGAGCUACAAUUUCAUGGAUAAGGAGUCAUCUAAGGCAGACAGUGGGAAGCUUGGAAGUUCAGAUGGCUCCCAAAUUCUACUAACUGCUGAUGGUGAGUUAGAGGGUGAUGAUUGCCUGGGUCAGGUGCCAGAAACAUAUUGGGCAGUGCCACAGAUCACUUCUCCGCCCACUUCAUCCGGGCUUUACUGGCCUAAAAGUUUCCAGAAUCCACCGGAAUCUGCUGCGUUUGUGCCUGACAUAAGUUCCCCACCCCUGCAUAAUCUCCAUCAUGCUACCAACUCAAAGCGGAGGAGACACUCUUGAUGUUAUCCUAUGCUGUUCACAGUCAGUCUUGAAUGACACAGCUAUCCCAGCUUGUCAGGAUUAGGAUAGAUGGCGUUACACGUUUUAUAUUUGUUGUGUGAUUUGUAUUUUACGUGGUUCAGUGGUCGGAUGAUUAGAUACAUAUGUUGUGAGUAAAUUUGUGGCGUCACAACCCUAGAAUGUUGUCGAUGGCUCAAGGCAGAGAUGAUAGAAUUUGUAUCUUGGAUUUAUGAUCAGCUGAAUCAAAAUGUGUAUAAUAAAGUAGAAUGGUAAUCUUGUACUA